CUCAAAACGCGACUCUCUUUCGAAACCCUAGAAAAUCAAAAGAUGCAAUCAUCAUCAUCAUCAUCAAACGAAGAGUUCGUAAGGUUUCUAGGAGAAGGCUCCUUCGGCAGCGUUAAUCUCGUCCGCUACUACUCUAACGGCUCUUCCUCUUCCUCUUCCUAUCUCUCUGCCGUCAAGACCUCUCACCAAGAAGACUGCGACAGCCUCCAAAGCGAGUUAAAGAUUCUUCUCGAACUCAAGGGAUACCCCAAUAUCGUCACGUGUUUCGGAGACUCUCUCCAAGAAGGCUUCAGCGAACUCGGGGAGAGACUCUACAGACUCCAACUCGAGUACGCUUCCGAAGGUAGUCUAACCGCUUUCAUGGACAAAUACCCCGACAGGAAGCUGCCGGAGCCCUUGAUCAAAGAUUUCACGCGGAUGAUUCUCCGAGGUUUGGUCUCGGUUCACGGCCACGGUUACGUCCAUUGUGACAUCAAACCAGACAACAUACUCGUCUUCCCUCGUCCGAGAUCUUCUUACGAGGUCAAGAUUUCGGAUUUCGGUAACGCGUUGGAGGUGGGAGAGGUUCCUAUGUUCUGGGGGAGUGGAGUCCCGUGGGUGGGGACUCCUUUCUACAUGGCGCCAAAGUCCGUCCGUUACGGCGUCGUUUACAAGACGUUGGAUUUGUGGUCGGUGGGGUGUUUGGUGCUGGAGAUGUACACGGGGGUGAGUCCUUGGGAAGGUGUUCGUCUCGAUCUUCUAGCGACUCGUCUCCGUUGCGGUGAAGCUCCUGAGAUCCCUGAGGGUUUACCUUCCGAUGCAAAGGACUUUAUCCAAACUUGUUUCUCCAGGGAGCAUGAGGAGAGAGGAAGCGCUUAUGAGUUGUUGUCUCAUCCUUUCUUGCCUCGUUCAGAAGUUGAAGAAAAAGAGAAGGAGGACAAGAAAACAAGAAACUCGUUUCUAUUUAAGUUGUUCAGACGAAGAAGUUCCAACAAGAAACCAAGGACAGAUGAUGCUGUUGUUAUUUCAGAGAAGAAGCCUUUGAAUUUGAGGUUUUUUCCUACAAAGGCCACACAGUUUAAGAGAGCUUUGAACCAAGUCUUGAGGUUGAAGUUCAUGCCUUUGAAGAAAUCGACCGACUUUAAUUUAGUGUCUGUACAUUAAGGUUUAGUAGGUUGUUUUCUGUUCAAUGGUAUAUCUCUUGCUUAGUAGUUUUUGUUUAUUGACGUUUAGGAUCACUGUGUAGUUUCAUUGAUGUUUGGUAUGUAUCUGAGGUCUCA